AGAUGAAACGCAAACAGCUCCUUUCGGGUCUCACCGGUCUCCAGGGACGGAUCUAUUCUCCCGUGAAAAAUAAAAUCCGGCUGCAGAGGAGAUGAAGAGGGUAAAUGUGAGAAAGGGCCAGGCUAAAUUCUCACAGUCCCUACGGGAGUGGGGAGAAAACGCCGGGUUGCUAACUAGUAAGGUGAGGCAAACAAUAACACUGACUUUAAGGUUCAGGAUUUUAGGGUAGGAGCAGGGAUUUUAAACUGUUCGGACAGGAUUAAGUGGUAAAACAGGAAUAAAAUGUUUUUGGGGAAAAUGUAUAGACACGUCAGGAAAGACGUUGAAAUGUCGGGUCUCGCCAUGCGGGCAAUACGGGAAUUAGGUUCCCAAGAUGCCAAUGUUGCUGCCACCGUGCCUCCUGGUUUCUCAGAGGAAGGUGAGUGCUUUAGAUAACCAUCUGAAAGGUUUUAUUUGUUUUGGGUUUUUUUUUUGUUGUUGUUGUUGUUGUUUUGUUUUUUUAACCACGGGCUUUCUGGGGAAGCUUGGCUUGGCAGAAUUGUGGCUACUUUCUCUGCUUCUUUACCUUUGAUUACGCUUUUCACUUGACUGACCUUGACCAGGUACAAAAACUGACAAAUACACAUUACUUGAGAGUGGGUUUGAAACUAGUCUUUUCCUUCGCCCCCUGAAAGAGAUUAUGAGCACACAUUUAAAAGCUUUUUAUCUUCCCCUACUCCUUCCUCUUCGCCACUUCUACAUGCAACAGUUGAGUUGGAGGCAGACAAACACGUUUGAUGUCCAAACCAACUCCCCCGACGGCAGAAGUGGGGCGCGGGGGGGCACCGCCGGUCGAGUUCUGCCCCAGCGCUGCUGCAGCUGCCGUCUCUCCGUGGUACGCACCCCCGGGGGGUCUGACCCAGCGCAGGAGUCUGGAAGUAUGGGAUCAAAAAAAGCUCUUCCAUACAUAGCUUAAUAUAUAGUAAGGCUCUUUCAACCUGUUUAUUAAUUUAGGCCAUAGAAGUCGGACUAAUAAUUUUUACGCUGGCACCUCUAAUAGCAUCUCGUUAAUUGCGCUCCAAGGUACUGUUUUUGAGCAGUGUUUCUUCCAACUCUAGCGGCAGCUAAGCAAGCAAUCUUUCCUUUUUCUCUCUUACAUCUACAGCCUACUCCCUAUAAUGCAGUACGUUUGUAGGAUAGAUAGGAAUUGUUGCACUGUUCAUUGAUUCCUACUAAUGAGCCGGUCUAAACCAACACUGGCGCUAAGUAGUCCGUCUGUAAGCGUGCAGAUGAUGCUUUGGCUGGUUCUUUACGUAUUUUCUAUGAGCCGCAUCGUGGAGAGUAGCGAGAAUUGACAGCUGCGAUUUGGAGAGAAGAGUGUAGGAUUUUUUGCUUCUUGGUCUUGUGCUAGUCUUUGCGUAGCUAAACACAAUGACAGGAAUGAUAACAAAUUUUUUCAAAGGGCCUGUGUUUCCCGCUUGCUGCCUCGCGGGGCUAGCUCGAGGGCCUUUUCUCCCGGGCGCUUGACUCGACUUGCCAUGGGGACGAGGAAAGACCUCUUCCCGUUUUCCAUCUCCCUGUGGUGCGGUCCCCUCGGUCGGCGUUCGCGCCUACUGCUAUAAACCGGGCUGUGCGGGAGCGAGGGGUCAAGAAGGAGGAGAAUGGAUAGGGGAGCUAUGAAAGCAGUGGAGGGAAGCUGGAGUGGGAGAGGUGGGAGGAGGAAGCUUUCCUGCUCGGGCCACUGUUUCCUGCCCUAUGGAAAUCGGAUCUCGGUCUCAUACGGAGUUUCCUCAGCCCCCUGGCUCCACCUCACCCUGAUAAGGAGAUGUGAGUGAGAGGGGAGUCUGGAGCCGUUUCUCGCUCCUUUUCCAAGAGACGCCAAGUCCCCAAGCGGCUGUCAUGUGAUAGCAAGAGAGCAGGAACUGCGGGGGUCUCGCGACUCGGGCACCAUUACAAAACCGCGCCGGAGCGCACGAGCCCCGCCAGCAGCCGCGGCGCUCGCCACCCCGCUCGCCUCUUCUCCCCGCCGACUCCCGGCGCUCGCCUCUGCCGCAAACUUUUAAGGGGACACCAGACUGAGCGGUGAGAGGGAUGUUUGUAUUUCCUUCUUUUCCAUCUCUGCAGACGUCCGAGGUAAAUUCAUGCUCUCGAGCCCUUGGUGCCUGAGGAGCAUCAACUCCAGCCGAGUGUGCCAGGCGGCAGGGGGGAAGCCCGGGAGAUUCAGCAGCCUCCAGGAGAAAAGCGGGACGCCAGCGGGGGCCGGGACCUCCUUCCGGCACGUAGCCCCAGAGCCCCCGCGGCCUGGGCGGCCUGGGCGGCAGCUGUCUUCUCCUGCAAGCUGAGGGGCAGCUAGGCAAGUGCGUCCCGCAGGGAGAGGCUGCUGAAGGAAGCCGUGCACGGAGCUCCUUGGCCGGCCGCCGGGAGGUCGCUGUCGCGUGUGGCCCGGGCAGGUGGCGCCCAGGAUGUAGAGGCGGCGGCGGAGCAGGGCAGUGAAGUCCCCGGAUCCCAAGCCCGCCGUGCGCGGUAUUGAGCGGUGCCAAGCCCGGAGCGGCGGAAUCGCGCGGCCGCGGAAGUGCUGUGGCGGGGAGGCGAUGCCCAGGCCGGGGAAGAGUUCGUACAGCGACCAGAAACCGCCCUACUCUUACAUCUCCCUGACGGCCAUGGCCAUCCAACACUCGGCCGAGAAGAUGCUGCCCCUGAGCGACAUCUACAAGUUCAUUAUGGAGCGGUUCCCUUACUACCGGGAGCACACCCAGCGUUGGCAGAACUCCCUCCGCCACAACCUCUCUUUCAAUGACUGCUUCAUCAAGAUCCCGCGGCGACCCGACCAGCCGGGCAAAGGCAGCUUCUGGGCGCUGCACCCGGACUGCGGGGACAUGUUUGAGAACGGCAGCUUCCUCCGCCGCCGCAAGCGCUUCAAGGUGCUGCGCCCCGAGCAUCACCUGCCCGGCGGUGGCGGUGGCGGCGGCGGCGGUCCCGGCAAGCCCCCGGCGCCCACCCCGCACAUGGUGCACUACUUCCACCCGCACCCGCCGCCGCCGCCUCCCCCGGGCAAGGUGCCGGGGCUGGCGGGCUCCGACGCGGCCGUGGCUGCGGCCGCGGCCGCCGCCGCGGUGGGAAGGCUGCCGCAGUUCUCGCCCUAUGGGAGCAGCCAGCCCUCGGGCUUCAAGCACCCCUUCGCCAUCGAAAACAUCAUCGGCAGAGAUUACAAGGGUGUGCUGCAGGCCGGCGGGCUGCCGCUGGCCUCGGUGAUGCACCACCUGGGCUACCCGGUGCCCAGCCAGCUCAGCAGCGUGGUGAGCUCCGUGUGGCCACACGUGGGGGUGAUGGACUCCGUGGCCGGCGUGCCCGUGUCCCCCGACUACGGACCCUUCGGCAUGCCCGUGAAGGCGCUCUGCCACCCGCCGGCACAGACCAUGCCUGCCGUCCCGGUGCCCAUCAAGCCGGCGCCGGCGUUGCCCGCUGCCUCGGCCAUCCCUGCUCUCACGGUCGCCGCCUCGCAGAUCUGCCCCGCCGCUUCCCCGGCUGCUGCGUCGCUUCUGGAACAGACCGCGAGCAACAGCUCCGAGGGCAAGAGCUCCCUCCACUCCGUCCUGGUGCACUCCUAAAGAGCAGGGGCUUGGGGGGACAGGGGCCCCCCGGCUCCCGGGGGAGUGGACGGGGGGAUCCAGGGCAUGCUUGCGGAAACCCGAUCGAUCUCAUGACUAUACCCCUGCUGGUGUCUGUGUUUAUAUCGUGUACUAUCGAUUAUUUGAGAGCCAGCUCGCAGGUAAGCUCUUUUAUCGUCGUUAAAUGUCAUUAGUGGCGGAGAGGCGAUGUGAAAAACCACAGCCGGGGCCGAAGGGGCUGGUUCGGAGAAAAGGGCCGAGAACGAAGUUCUCCCCGCCACCUCGCCAGCCUGAGGCACGGGGCGGCCAUGCAGCCUGCGCUCCCCGCCGAGCCCCUGUCCCGGGGCAGUCACCCCGGAGGCCCCAGGAAACCCGAGUUCCGAGAGGAGAGGCGCUGCAGUCGGCCGGCGAAUAGGGAGAACAGAGGAUAAAACCCCUGCUGAAGUCUGCUUCUCCCUCUUCCACGAGAGACAGGAAACCGCUGCUCCACCGUCCUGUAGAUCUUGCUGUGAAAGGGGUAGGCAAAGUGGUUACCUUAGACCCUGGCGAGCUCCGGGGCCCCACGACAUGUAAUCCUUGCUGCUUAAAGAGUAAACGUUAAAUAUUUCGAUUAAUUUAAAUGACAACGGCACUGACGGCGAAGGGUUCCUUUAACUAACGAUCGUUUGCGCUUCCCCUUCACACUUUUAUAAUCCAUCCUCUAGUACCUAAGAAGGGACUGAAGCGUGACCUGGCCUCUCAAACUCUGUGUGAGUGUCCAAAUUCCCUAGUUUCUCAUUAAAAUAAGAAUAGCCCGGCGAUUCGUAGAUUGUGCUUUUCACAUCACCUUUCACCGCUCACAGACACCACUAUUUUGUACGUGUUGCUUGGCGUUUCUUCCACAUGAACGUGAACGCAAAAACCUGCGGGGGAAGGGGGGAGGGUGGAGAGUGAAAGAGGUGCGGGAAAAUGGGGGAAGACAACAGGAAAAUGAUUGAAAAAUUAUUCGGGAAAAGCACUUUACUGAAAACAACCUUCCAAUGGACGAGAAAUCUGUGUAGAGGGAUCAGAAGUCAGAGAUCAGAAGUCAGAGACUGACGUGCUGGACUGAUGAUUCCCGGCUGGUUUGUGAGUGAUUGCUGCCGUACCCUGUCUGCCCUGCUGUACACCAAUGCUCAUUAAAGCAAAUCCAUCCAUUUGCUUCUGCUGGUGCUGCUAUUUAAAAUACUCGCCUUUCACAUUGGUUAAGAAACGUGUGCUUGUAGCCUAAGUUUUCGCUACCUCUCCCUAAACUGAUAAAAGUAUCCAAAAGUUUUCUCGGCGGCAAGACAAGGGGAAGAAAAGGAGAGAAAUGUCUUACAGGUAACUUGCCUGCUACAGAGGCACGGCGGUCUGUGCCCGCAGCUCACGGGCGAAGAGCCGGCGUUCGCGUGUGAGAAGAGGGAACCGGCUCGGAACCCGAUCCCACUGAAGCCAGUUGUAGUUUCGCCAGCUGCAACUUGUGCUGGAUCGCACCUACUUCCUUAGUUUUAUUCCCUCAUGCCGGCGCACCAACAGUGGCCCAAGACGCCAGGUGUCGCAGUCCCCGCUCCUGGGGAAGGAUAUCCUGAGACAGGCUGACCCUUCUUGGUGCCAGAGAAAUUUGCUGGGAAAAGCAAACCUGUUUGGCCCUGAGUGCCGUCUGUCCAAAAUUUUCCCCACACACACUCGUGGGGUCUGUUUGACCACUUGAAGUUCCCUGGAACUGUUGAAUUUCCAGUUGUUCCCUCUGUUCUAGGCGUGUUUGCACCUUAAUUUCAAAAAUUACAGAAUUCCUAGGGCCUAAAAAUUACUCCUAAUAAUGCUAUGUUAAUGAAACACAUUAUCAUGGUUUGUGAAUCGGUCUGGAAGGGGAAUUGCCUCUAAAGUAUUGCAACCAGAUAAACUGAGCCAAAAGAAAUUAUUAAAAAACCCAGAGAAAAGAAAAGAAAAGAAAAGAAAAGAAAAGAAAAGAAAAGAAAAGAAAAGAAAAGAAAAGAAAAGAAAAGAAAA